AUGUUUGCUCUGGCUGCUGCAGGGACAGUGUCGUGCCCAAUUCACAUGGAUGCGGCCAGCAUUGACCUCUUGUUUGAUCCAGCAUCUGUUGAUGUCGACGUGGCGUACAAAUCCACAGUUUGCUGGUUGUCACACGCAAUUGAUAGUCCCUCAGAGGUUUUCCGAUCCUGGUUGUCACCAAACGAUACAUCGCUAGCAAAUUCAAGAGACUUUGCUGCGAGCUGUAGACCGAAACAUCUGGAUGCAGUGGAUCGAGUGGUGCAAUAUCUAUACCAAACGAGGUAUUAUGCCGUUGAGUACGGUGUUCAGACCGAAAAUUGCGGUCUACAGCUCGCAGCAAAGUCUCUUGAAUUUGCUAGCGAUCCAUCAUUUGGUGACAACCAGGAUCGGAAAACCUCUGAGGGCUACAUCAGUAAGCUCUAUGGUGGACCAAUCGACUGGAAGGCUUCAAAACAGAAGACAGUGACAACGUCCACCACCGAGGCCGAGCUUCUAGCUCUUGCAGAAGCAGGGAAAACCAUGGGCGACGAAUCGGACCACUACGACAUAACCCCUAUUACGAUUCACCGCCCUAAUCACCGCCUGUAUGAUUAUCGUUUCGGGUCUGUAUGUAAUAUGAGGCACAUGGCCCGAACUGCGUAUGGCAUCUUGAUGGACAUAUGA